CAUCGCCGCUUGUGGUUAUUUUUUGGGUGUGUAUUUAAUUCUGGAAAAAAAGUGUUCUAACAAGUAUUUUUACAAUAAAAUUUGUGUAAAUAAUUUAAUUUUUCUAACAGUUUUUCAUCUUUCAUCUAGAGUUGUAAGCAUUGCAAAAAUAUCUUUGUAUGCACUUCAAACUACCACCACCACCACCACCACAACUACCCAUUUACUAAAUUCAUCCCUUCCACCAAAAAAAAAUCACAGUAGCUUCUUUUUGUUCAAAAUUUCAACCUAACAUUCGACAAAAGUAAACUCCAAAAAAAAAACUGAUAUUUACUUUAUUCUUACUCCACAAACGCCAAUAAUCACCAUAGGACUAUCCGAGACAGCAGUUAUGGACGUUAUGUCUUCUUCACUGCAACAGCAACGUAUUAUUGUCGAACAAUUGAGACGGGAGGCAGCCGUGGAUCGCCAACCGGUGUCCGAGUCAUGUGCUGCCAUGAUGCGUUAUAUAUCGCAACAUGAACAGGAAGAUUAUCUCUUGACCGGGUUCACCAGUCAAAAGGUCAAUCCCUUCCGUGAGAAGUCCUCUUGCAGUGUUCUUUAAAUGAUGAUAACUUAGAUGUAAUGAUAAAAGGAGCUGGGAGGACGGAAUGGGAUGACGACGGCAGCGAUGAGGGAUGGCUAAGAAGGUGUGGAAAUGAAAAAAUGAGCAACGAAAUAGUUAAGGAGAAGUGUAGAUGGACAACACCACCAGUGACAGCUACUUAAUUGGCAAAAAAUAGAAACAUCUCCUCUCAAACGUGGUCAACAAAACAACAAAAGGAACCAGAAUAAUAUAUCAGCAAUAAAUAGUUUUAAAUAUCUGCGGCGAAAUCGAACAGCAACAACAACAAAGAGCGAAAACAUUUCCAAUCAAGUACUACUCAACAACAAAUUACAACAUAUUUUAUGAUGGAAUUUUUCAAAUCAUCAUUAUUAUAAUUAUAUGUAUUACCAGUAUAUAUGUAUCCUCAUAUAUAUAUAUAUAUUCACAUAUAUCAGAAUUAUAUACACUUCUCUGUCUACUAUAUUAUAUAUUGAUAUUUAUGAUAACAACAACAGUAAGAAACAAGUAAAGAACAAACAUAUUUAAAACUAUUUAUAUUAUCAUAUAAAACAAAUUAAUUACUUUAUUAUUAUAUUCCGAUAUAUAUAUUUACUUGUAUUGUUGUAUUAUCCAAGAGAAAACGAACCUUUUCAAAACAAAACUAAACUAAAAAAAACCCUGGAGAAAAAUCCUGAAUCAUGCCGCCGUUGUCAUCAUUUGCAAAAUAUCUCAUUAAAACGAAACUUUAUUGACAAAAACCAAA